AUGUCAGAAAGACCUAAGGUUGAUGCACGUACAAAGCGUAUGGCUACAAACGUUUUACAGAAGAUGUAUCGCGACUACCAGAAGGAACCAUCAUUAUAUUUCUCUUGCGGCCUCGUAGAUAAUAAUGUUUUCCAUUGGAGAGUUACAAUCAUCGGCCAGUCAGGCACACGUUUUUCAGACUGCAUUCUCCCAGCUGAACUCAUCUUCCCAGAAGACUUUCCAAUGAGACCACCGAUGAUGAAGUUCUUAUGUCCAAUGUUCCACCCGAAUAUUGGCGAAGAUGGCAAAGUUUGCAUCUCCAUUCUUCACGAGCAGAAGGAUGACCCAACAAAUGAACAAGAACAGCUCAAUGAAAAGUGGCUUCCAGUUCAUACAAUCGAAACAAUUGUUAUUUCAGUUAUCUGCAUGUUGGGAGAUCCAAAUCCACAGUCUCCAUUAAAUGUUAAGGCUAACAGAGUAUUUAUCCAAAAUAAGGACGAAUUCUGGAAGACUUUCCGCGAUUACUGCAACCGCGGACGUGAGUACGCUGGAGUACAUUAA